AUGGCGGAACUUGCACCCCUUUUCCGAGACACUCCCUUAGGUCAGCUCGUUCGCAGGGCGACCAAAGGCGGUCUCCUCAAGUAUCCGGACGAGCAGCCAGGCUUUAAACUGCCAGAACGGUACUAUGACGCCUCGAGAAAUCGUGGUUCCGAGCCUUCAUCAGAAGUCGAAGGGGCACAGGAAUGGAUCAUCGUGGAUUGGUACUCCGACGAAGACAAGGAGAAUCCACAGAACUGGUCCGCGUGGAAGAAGGCAUACCUCCAUCUCUCCAUCAAUAUCUACACCUUUGCCAUCUACAUGUCAUCAUCGAUAUACACGCCCGCCGCUCCCGAACUUAUGAGAAUAUACGGCAUCUCAAGCGUCACGGCUUCUUUGGGGCUUGGUCUCUACGUCCUUGGGUACGGGCUUGGACCCCUGGUUUUCGGUCCACCGUCAGAGAUUGCGUCCAUUGGGCGCAACCCGGUGUACGUGACGACGCUUAUACUAUUCGUUGUGCUUUCGGUUCCAACUGCGCUGGCAGACAACAUUCCUGGCUUCAUGAUAUUGCGCUUCCUUCAGGGCUUCUUCGGUUCGCCGGGUCUCGCCAACGGGGGUGGCUCCAUCAGCGACAUCACUGCACCGCUGGCCAUGCCGUAUGCCUUGUAUCUCUGGGCAUUCUUUCCACUUGCUGGUCCGUCUGUAGGUCCUAUGAUUGCUGGGUUCAGUGUUCCCACGAAAAACUGGCGAUGGGCAAUGUGGGAAAUACUUUGGAUAUCGAGCUUCUCUCUCGUCAACAUGCUUCUUCUCCCCGAAACCUCGGCCGCGAAUAUUCUUCACCGCCGCGCUGCUCGACUCCGCGCCUUGAUGAACAAUGCAAACUACAAGUCCCAGUCGGAAAUAUCGCAACAGCAUCUCUCUGCCGCAACCAUCGCCCGCAACUCGCUCAUGAUUCCGUGGAAAAUCAACCUUCUCGACCCUUCUGUGCUCUUUACAAGCCUGUACUGCGGCCUGAUUUACGCCAUAUUCUACUCGUUCUUCGAGGUCUUCCCUUUCGUGUACGUGGACAUAUAUGGCAUGAAUUGGGGAGAGAUGGGACUUGUCUUCAUGUCGGUUCUGGUUGCAGUCCUCGUCGCCGGCGUGCCAUAUCUAUCCUUUAUCCAUUUUGUUGUCAAUCGCGCCGUGCGUGAAGGCCGACAAUUGGAACCCGAGGUUCGGCUGGUCCCUGCGGUUUUUGCCAGUUUCUUCGUUCCCAUUGGCCUCUUUCUGUUUGCGUGGACUGCCCGACCGGAAAUUCACUGGAUUGUUCCGAGUAUAGGGGUGAUGCUUUCCAGUGGAGGGUUUUGCAUCAUCAUUCAGAGUAUCUUUGUCUAUUUGUCCCUUGCGUAUCCGCAGUACGCGGCUAGCCUCCUGGGGGCGAAUACCUUCUGCCGUGCCGGCAUGGCUCUUGCCUCGGUAUUGUGGAGCACACCAUUGUAUGAUACGCUUGGGGUAUCGAAGGGUACGAGUUUACUGGGUGGGUUGUGUUCCGGGUGCAUCAUUGGCGUAUUUGUGCUGUGGUCGAAGGGAGCGGCCUUGAGAAAACGGAGUCGAUUUGCGGUUGCAGAGUAG